GGCGAUUUGUUUUCAUCUUAUUUUGCGAUUUUUCGUCAUUCACUUAAGAUAAAUUUCCGUCGUUUCACCCAAUAAUUUCCAAAUAGCUUCACAAACUCAUUAACAACUCGCGGAGGCGAACAAAUUCUGAAUUUCUCGUGUGUUGCAUUUCAGUUAGUGAGUGAGUGAUAAGAAGUCACACCGGGGGAGCAAUGGCACAGAGCAAACUGAACGAUUUGGCUGGGAAAUUCGGCAAAGGAGGUCCUCCAGGCCUGACGACGGGAUUGAAGCUGUUGACCGCGGUCGGAGCCGCUGCGUACGGUGUCUCACAGUCGUUGUACACAGUCGAGGGUGGUCACCGUGCCAUCAUCUUCAGUCGUAUUGGUGGAAUCCAAAAAGAGAUCUACCCCGAAGGCUUACAUUUUCGCAUUCCCUGGUUCCAGUAUCCAAUCAUCUAUGACAUUCGUUCACGGCCCCGUAAGAUCUCUUCACCCACUGGUUCCAAGGAUCUUCAGAUGGUGAAUAUUUCUUUGCGAGUUCUGUCACGGCCUGACUCCACACGAUUGCCCGAAUUGCAUCGGCAACUUGGUCUCGACUACGACGAAAAAGUUUUGCCAUCGAUUUGCAACGAAGUGUUGAAGAGUGUUGUCGCCAAAUUCAAUGCAUCUCAGUUAAUUACACAACGACAAAUGGUUUCAUUGCUCAUCCGGAAAGAACUUGUGGAACGAGCUCGCGAUUUCAAUAUCAUCUUGGACGAUGUGUCUUUAACUGAAUUGAGUUUCGGAAAGGAAUACACAGCUGCCGUCGAAUCGAAGCAAGUCGCUCAACAGGAGGCACAGCGGGCCGUGUUCUUUGUCGAACGAGCGAAACAAGAGAAACAACAGAAAAUCGUUCAAGCUGAGGGUGAAGCCGAAGCUGCAAAAAUGUUAGGUUUAGCUGUGUCACAAAAUCCUGCGUACUUGAAAUUGAGGAAAAUCCGAGCAGCGCAAAGCAUUGCUCGAACGAUUGCCAACUCACAGAACAAAGCCUUCCUCUCCGCGAACAGCCUUAUGUUGAACAUCCAGGACCCAUCGUUCGACGAUUUGAGUGAAAAAGUUAAAACGGAUGGUCCUUGGAUUCCACGCCAAAUUACAAAGAAUGGAGGGGGUGUGAACGGUGUCGCUCACGAAACUGCAACUCGAAUUGUUUAACUUUUUGGGACAUUCAGUUUAUACAAAUAUUUUUUAAUAGGCUUAACUGUUUAUAUGUAGCUUUCUAUAUUGUUUCAAAUGUAGUGCAAUAAAAUUGUGGUUAUUUUUUUAAA